GCAAAGAAAAAUGGGUCAACCUUCUUCCACGGGGAUGUAAAAGUUAUCAAAAACACUUGAUGGCAGCAACCAGCUGUUAGGGCAAGGCUAAGGAUGCAAUUACUUUUUCACACCAUAAUGAACAAAAUCAUAGUGCAGUUUUGUUUGAGGAUCUGAAAAGCUUCAAGUCUGAGAAAAAAAAGCAGUCAGCAGGGGGCAAAUUUUUUUUCUUAUACAAUCAAAAUGUCUGGAUCCGUUUAGAGAGACUGGAUGACAGUCAAUAAAUCAGGAGGGGGGAGUCGGCCUGUAUGAGUUCUGCUGGGUUCCAUCCAGCCCGCUUUAAGCCUGAGCACUCUGCUGAUUUGUAGUCGUCAGCAGGCUGAGCUGGCCUCUCUGCCUCCAGCUAAUCAAAGAUUCGCCUCCGUCUUUAAAACAACCCGUGCUGUGAGCGCAGCCAUGCGGCUUUCUGCUCGUUGUUUUUCCUCAGAUCCAGUCCACACAGCCCGUCCAGCGCAGGGAACAAAGAUCCAAAGAACAAUAAGCAUACCUCACCAGCCCACUGCUCAAGGGGUUCUGGUACGAAGCCGAGGAGUUGCUGCCUUCUCUUCACACAGCGCCCAGAAAUUCCUGCAUCAGCAGGGAGAUUGCUUGAAAAGGGAUGAUUUAUUUGAACCAAUGAACCGGAUGGCUGCUGAGAGACGGCACCACCUUGUGAGAACCACGGAAAAUAUUCACACUCAUGUGCCGAAGAUAAAGAUGGAGCUUGAAGGUUCAAGUGUCCAGGAUGACCCACACGUCAACCUGAUGAUGGCGGGGUCGACUCUGAGGAAGGUCAAGUCCCGCUCCUGGAAGAAGCAGCGGCAUUUCCGCCUUCUGGAGGACGGCCUGACAAUUUGGUACAAAUCCAGAUGGGCGGGGAAGGGCCACUCCACCUUCUCAGUGAUGGACGUGGAGGUGGUGCGUGAGGGCCAUCAGUCUGAGGUCAUGCUGAGCAUCGCAGAGGAGUUUCCUGAAGAGCUCUGCUUCACCUUGGUGUUUCACGGACGCCAGGGAAACCUGGACCUAGUGGCAAACUCUGCAGAGGAGGCCCAAGCCUGGAUCCAGGGCGUCCGCAAGCUGAUCCACAAAGCCCAGACCAUGGACGAGCAGGAGAGGCAGGACCAAUGGGUGCGAGACUGGUUUCAGAAAGCCGAUAAAAACAAGGACGGGAAGAUGAACUUCAAAGAGGUGAAGAAGCUGCUGAAGAUGAUGAACGUGGAGAUGAACGAAGAUCAUGCUCUGCAUCUGUUCACGAUGGCUGACAAAUGUGAAAGUGGUUCCCUGGAAAUCGAGCAGUUCGUCCACUUCUAUAAGAUGCUGACCCAGAGAGACGAGGUGUGGAAGGUGUUCCAGGAUUACUCUGGGGAUGGAGAGAAGUUAACGCUGGAGGAGCUGGAAAACUUCUUAAGGGUGGAGCAGGGCGAAGGGGACCAGAGUUCCCAGCAUGCCCAGGAGCUGAUCCAGCGCUACGAACCUUCGGAGACAGCCAUGGAUCCAAGCUCCAUGUCCCUGGAGGGCUUCCAGAUGUACCUGUGUUCCCAGGAGGGCUCCAUAUUUAAGCCGGAGCUCCUGGAGCUUCACCAGGACAUGAGCCAGCCGCUCAGCCACUACUUCAUCUCCUCCUCACACAACACCUACCUCCUGGAGGACCAGCUGAGAGGACAAAGCAGCCUGGAGGCGUACAUCCAGGCCCUGAAGAGAGGCUGUCGCUGCGUGGAGGUGGACUGCUGGGACGGCAGUGAUGGAGAACCAAUCGUCUAUCAUGGCCACACCCUGACUUCAAAAAUUCUCUUCAAGGACAUAAUUUCGACACUCAAAGAUUACGCCUUCAAGGUGUCCGACUUUCCUGUCAUUGUGUCUCUGGAGAACCACUGUGGUGUGGAGCAGCAGACCGUCAUGGCCAAACACCUUCGCCACAUUUUGGGCGACAUGCUGCUGACGGCCCCGCUGGACGGACAGAUCCCUCAACAGCUUCCCUCCCCGCAGGAGCUGAGGGGGAAGAUUUUGCUGAAAGCCAAGAAAAUUGGCGGGCUAGAAACGUGCCUGGAUGAAACGCUGACCGAUGAGGUUAGCGACGAGGACGAGAUGGCCAACGGUGACGCAGAGAGCCCAUGCACAGAAGAUCCACCAGAGCAGACGACAAACAAGAAGUCCAAACUAUCCAGAGAGCUGUCAGACCUGGUGGUUUACUGCAAGAGUGUCCACUUUCAUGGCUUUGAGCACGCUCGUUCUCAGGCUAAGUGCUAUGAGAUGUCUUCCCUCUCUGAAUCCAAAGCAAAGAAACUUGCUAAGGAAGCAGGAUCAGACUUUGUUCAGUACAACACUCAGCAGCUGUGCAGGACCUACCCCAGUGGCUUGAGGACAGACUCGUCCAACUACAACCCGCAGGACAUGUGGAAUGUGGGGUGCCAGAUAGUGGCUCUGAACUUCCAGACAGCCGGUCUGGAAAUGGAUCUGAAUGACGGACUCUUCAGGCAGAACGGCUGCUGCGGUUACGUCCUCAAGCCCGGCUUCAUGAGAGACGGCAGCGGGCGGUUCAGUCCGGAGAGACCGGAGGACCGGCAGGACUACAGACCGCUGCGCCUGUCCAUACAGGUGAUCAGCGCUCAACAGCUGCCCAAGGUGAACCAGAAGGAGGGAUCCAUAGUGGACCCGCUGGUCAGGGUGGAGAUCUACGGCGUCCCCCAGGACCAGGCCAAGGAGGAGACGAGCCACAUCAACAAUAACGGUUUUAACCCAGUCUGGAACGAGAGCCUGAACUUCAUCGUCCACGCCCCCGAGCUGGCGCUGGUCCGCUUCGUGGUGGAGGACCACGACAAGGCGUCGAGGAACGACUUCAUUGGACAGUUCACGCUGCCGUUUACGUGCAUCCAGCCAGGGUACCGCCACAUCCACCUGCUGUCUAAAGACGGGACAGCCAUCCCUCCGUCCUCUGUGUUCGUUAACAUCAGCAUCUCAGAGUUCGUAUGAGGACGUCGGUUCCUCCUGUCUGAAAACUAAAAACGCCAUCCUGUCAGUAUUUUAACGUCUUACACGAACAUGUUUACAUUUUAGCCGUUUCUAACUGAAUUUACCGAAAGCUUUUUAAAACCUACGGUGUGAUCUACCGAUCCAGUAGCAAGACAGAACAUCUGGAUUUUUCCACGUCUACGAACUGAGGCGUGAACCAUCAAACCAUCAAACGGUGCUUAAUUGGUCAGAAAUACAACCGGAGACAAACAGAAACAACAGAUUUGAAAAACUUAAGUAUGCCCCAUGAUCCAGAGGCCUGUAGAACCACCUUCUGUGCUUUUCUGAUUGACUAUCUGUGUCUCUCAUGGCUAUGGAAGAGCCUUUGGCCCACUGUCCUCAACAACGUAGCUUCACAUCAUUCAGGUCUGCAGACGUUUGCUCCAUGCUCGGCUCCCUGAAGCUCCACCGCAGCAUUUCAACCAGGCUGAGGUCUGGACUUUGACUAGGCCGUUGAUUCUCGUCUUUCUGAGCCAGUCUGUCGUAGAUCAGCUGCUGUGUGGGAUCAUGGUUCUGGUGAUGAUCCAUAUUGGACCAAGUUCAGCUGCUGGACAGAAGGCCUCUAUACUUUGUGUACACGGCAUUCAUGGUUGCAAGGAGUUCAGGUUCUGUGGCUGUAGAACCAGACCAGAUCACCGUCCCUACACCGCCAUGCUUUACAGUUGGUAUGAGGUGGUUGUCCUGAUCUGCUGUCUGGUUUCCUCCAACAUGGUUCAUCUCUACUCUGGUGUCCUCUGUCCAGAAGUCUGGUCGUUCAUUCACUCAGUCCUGCCGCCAUCUUGUUUCUAGAGAGAAGAGGCUUUCUUCUUCAGCUCUUCCAAGCAGCCAGAUUGGAUCAGGGUCAUGAUCUUUACCCUUUAACGGGCUAACUGAGGCCUGUAGAGGAUGAGGUGGAGCUCCUGGGUUUCUGGUUAGCUUGGGCUGAAGCUGCUGAGAUGUUCUCCUCCUGGGAAUAAUCUUCCUCUAUACAGGAUGAUGAACUUCUGGUGGUUUGGAGAUGACCUUUGGAGGUUGACGACCAGCAACAGUUGCUGCUCUGAGGUCAUUGCUGAUGUCUUUCUGCUUUAGCAUUAGCAAACAGGAUUAAAUUGGAGGCAACCGGACUUCGCUCAGAAGAACUGAGUGAAGUCCGGAUAACUGAGAACUUGCACAGCCAUAUUGCCUAACUAUAGUUCUACAGGCGCCUGAAUGAUCCAGAGCAGCAAAGUGGCAGGUCUCCUGCUGUUAGGGAGGUGCUCACACCGAUGAUCAUGUCAUUAGAAGAAAUCUUUAUUUGUCCCUUAGGGAGCAGUGAGCAGCUUUUACAGCCCCCAGGAAGCAUUCUGGGGCUGCAGGUCUUGCUCAUGGACCCAUAGUGGCAGUCUGCGGGAGUCAAACCGGGUUCUUGGAGCCUUUUCAGAGUACAAGCGCGCUGCUCUAACCACUAGGCCACCAAUCUCCCAUCCAAUGCACUAUUAAUGCCUUUGAUCAGCAGCACCUUUCUUUUUUAAAUCCUGUCAAAUGAGUAAUAUGGACUUAUUUUUCCCCAUAGUUUUAUAUUUUUUUCACCCUCUGAGAUUAUAUUUGAGCCUAAGGAUUUGCUAGACGCACCCCCUCCUUACGGAGGCCGUUUGGGGAUCCUGAACAUGGAUGGACUGCUGCAUGUUAAAACUGCCUGGACAUACUGACGGCAACAUUGCUGAAAGGCUGCUGAAGAUGAAUGUAAAAAAUGCCAAAUAUCAGUAUUAUAAAUAUAAAACGGUCUUAAAUAAAAAACAUGGUGUUAAACUAAUGUUCAAAUACAA